AUGGUCGGCAUGAAGUCUACGCUCGGUGCUGUUGUGGUGGCAGCGGGAAUCGCAUCUGCUCUGCAGCCCGAGCUCCACGACUCGCUACUUCUUCACGGUCGUCCGCAGAUUGGUCUCUGGAAAGCCUUGUCUCGACAGGAAGCCCAGCUCUCGACGGCGCAGCACGACUAUCAGCGUCCCCUAUCGGCCGAAGCGGCCCUGUCCGGGCGGUAUCAAGCGCACUGCUUUGACCAACCCAUCAGUCACUUUGACGAUUCCGUGAAUGGGACGUUCUGUCAUCGGUACUGGGUCGAUGCUAGCUCGUAUAAGUCCGGAGGUCCCGUCUUCCUGCUAGAUGGUGGGGAGACCAGCGGGGCUAACCGGUUGCCGUUCUUGGAGAAAGGCAUCCUUCAGAUUCUGUCCAACGCUACGAAUGGGCUCAGUGUUGUCCUCGAGCACAGGUACUACGGCAAGUCCGUCCCGGUAUCGUCCUUCUCCACCGAUAACCUGCGCUUCUUGAAUAACGCCGAAGCUCUGGAGGACUCCGCAUAUUUCAUCAAGCACUUCAAGCCGCCAACAUCUAUACUUCCGCUCGAAGCCGCCGAGUCGCUGCACCCCAAUAACACCGCAUGGAUAUACUACGGCGGUUCCUAUGCUGGAGCGCGUGCUGCCCACAUGCGGACGCAAUACCCCGAGCUUGUCUGGGGUGCUAUUGCCAGCAGCGCCGUUACACAUGCGCAAGUCAACUUUCCGCAGUACUUCGACCCCAUCCAGGAAUACGCGCCGCAAGACUGCAUAGCCGCAAUCAGGUCUUCGGUCAAGGCCAUUGAUAGCAUACUUGAUAUGCCUGGCCCACUACCGGGCCUGUUGAAGGGGCUAUUCGGGUUGGCAAUGCUGGAGGACGAUGACUUUGCGGAUGUCAUACAGUCUCCUCUUGGGAUGUGGCAGGCAAAGAACUGGGAUCCGAAGGUCGGCUCGGAUAAAUUCCAACACUUCUGUGAUGCUCUCACGGCCGGUGGAGGAAGCAGUAAGCUCGGCCUGAUCAGAAUUCCCUCUGAAGUCGCCAACUACGCCAAGUACAUCAAAGAGAAUAUCGUCUCGCGGUGUCCUGAAGAGGCGGGGGUGCAAGAAUGCUUUGGGUCGCACGAUGACGCCAAGUUCAAGGAUGAUGGGCUAGACCAGGAAUGGAGGCUUUGGCUCUUCCAAGUCUGCACUCAAUGGGGCUACUUUAUGCCCGCACCCCUCGAAGGCCCUAGCAUACUGUCGAAACGUCUCACCCUCGAGCACUCGUCCAAGAUCUGCAGGCAGGCCUAUCCGCCCGGGAAGCACUUCACCGUGCCGGAGUGGCCGGACGUUGAGGAAGUUAACAGGAGAGGGGACUAUGCGAUCCAGGCGGACAGACUGGCGUUCAUGGACGGCGAUAGAGAUCCCUGGAGACCUAUGACCCCUCAAGCUGAUUCUGCACCCAAGCGCGAAUCCACCAUCGACCGUCCUAGGCGGAUCAUAUUCGAUGGCGUACAUCACUAUGAUGAGAAUGGUUUGAACAACCACUCCCAUGAACCGGAGAGAAUCAAGGAGGUGCAUGCCUUCGAGGUGGAGUUCAUCAAGAAAUGGGUCAAGGACUUUGAGAAGGCGAAGCUCGCUCGGAGGGACCAGCAGUAG